CAAUGCGUCUUGCAAGUUUUAGUACAUUUUUAAUAAUAAAUGAAUUAUGUUCAGCGUACAAAAUACUCCUGGUAUUUCCAGUACCGGGAAGAAGUCAUGCAAUUCUUGGAGAAGGUUACGUAAGACAUCUACUGAAUGAUGGACAUGAGGUGACUUAUAUAACGCCAAUAAUGAUGAAAAUGGAGCAUCCAAGGUUAAGACAAAUUGAUAUAUCAUCUGACUUCAAACUAAUGCCACCAGAUGAAUUGUUCGAUACUAAAAAUAUUUUAAUGAACACAUGGAAUGUUAAGAAUAUAGAAUUUAUGCUAUUUGUGACAACUGAAUUUGUUAACGGUACACUCGGACAUCCGAAUGUUCAACGCUUGAUCAACGACACUAGUGAACAAUUUGAUGCAGUUAUCGUUGAAUGGCUAUAUAGUGAACUUUAUGCUGGAUUCGCUUCGGUAUUCGAAUGUCCUCUUAUAUGGUCAUCUUCCUUGGACCCUCAUUGGCUUGUAUUGGACCUCAUUGAUGAAGUACCCAACCCAGCGUACAACCCUCAGCAUCUCGCUGAUGUAGUUACACCAUUAGACUUCUGGAACAGGGCGCAAGAACUAUGGCACGUGAUACACACAAAAUAUUUUAAAUGGAGACUUAGACAUAGAGAAAAUCGUAUUUAUAACAACGCAUUCGCAUCGUCUGUUGCUUUGAGAGGUAGAGACUUACCACCAUUCAACGAAGUGAGAUAUAAUGGAUCACUCAUGUUGGGAAACUCACAUUUAUCUGCAGGUACUUCUAUAAGUCUACCUCCGAACUAUAUACCAAUUGGAGGAUAUCAUAUUACAGAUAAUAUUGAUCCUUUGCCAUCGAAUUUACAGCAAGUUGCCGACAAUGCUCGAAACGGAUUCAUUUACUUCAGCAUGGGAUCGAUGUUAAAAAGUAGCAGAAUACCUGAUAUAAUAAAGAAAGGUCUAUUGGAUGUAUUUAGCAAAUUAAAGCAAACUGUUAUUUGGAAAUUCGAAGAGGAUUUAUUAGAUCGGCCUAAGAAUGUGCACAUAGUGUCAUGGGCACCACAAUGGAGUAUUUUGGCUCAUCCUAACUGCAAAUUAUUCAUCACGCAUGGAGGUUUGCUUUCCAUACUGGAAACCUUGCAUUUUGGAGUUCCAAUUAUCGGCGUACCCAUGUUCGGAGAUCAACAUAUGAACAUCAAUCGUGUUGUAGAGAAAGGCUUUGGAAUGAGAGUUGAUUUGAACGACGAUGUUGUUGUUAACAUGGAAAUAGCUAUCAAAGAAAUUUUAGACAAUCCAAGAUACACCCAAAAAGUGAAAGAGUAUUCAUUUGUCUACCACGAUCGAGCGACAUCACCCGGAAAGGAAUUGACUCAUUGGGUGUCACAUGUUAUAAGAACAAAAGGCGCUCUUCAUCUACGCUCCCAAGCGAAUAUGCUACCCUGGUACCAGAAGUUGUAUUUAGACUUAGCAAUUGUUAUGUUUUUAAUAUUUUACUUAUCUGUUAAGAUUGUAUUUAAAAUAUUCCGUGGAAUACUACUAAUGUCCAUAAAAUGUGCUGCAUCAAAACAAAAAGUUAAUUAAUUGAAUGGAUGGACAUUUACAUUGUUAACAUACAUUUAUUCCAACGUUAACUUUUCAUUUUUGACUGACUUCCCCAAAGAAGGAGGUACUCAAUUCGUCUUUUCCGAUCCAUUAUGUGAC